AUGAUAGAAGCUCUGUCCUCUCUCCUCGGAGGUUGGACGCAGGUCGUCCUUCUUCCUCUUGGCCGAUUCUGCCGAUCAGCAGGUCAGAUCCUUCUUAUCUUCUUGGCCGCGGUUCUGGAGGCCUCCCUGAACAACCAGCAUUCCUCGGAAAUUCGAGGAAACCAAAGUGCCAAUGGUGGUAACCUCAAAGAGGCCACCGCUUCAAAAUUGAUCUUUCGUCUGACGCGGCAGGGCGACGAGGCGCGCUGUAGCCCGGGCACUAACAACAGAAGCCGGAAGCGCAAAUUAGUCUCUCCCCUGACCUUUGUCUGUAGUACGAAUGGCCGCUUGCCCAAGAGGGGACGUCUCGCAGAUCGUCCGGGAUGGCGGUUUCGCCUUCCUACUCCGGUUGAACUGGAGGUUGAAGAGGAAGUGUUGAGGAAACCCAGCAAGGAAAAUGAGGAUGUUGGCCCCAGUAAUGUAUCGGAGCCUAAAACCCGUAUUGAGGUGAGGGCGUCCACCCAACAGCCGGCAGGGUGCUGCGGCCCGGCGGUUGUCGUGAUCGGCAAAUCUGAUCAGGGGGUUUUACACCAAUACCUGAUUAUAGAAGUUACUGUGGCAGAGACGAGAUGUCCCGCUCAGAUUAUUGACAGUGUUGGCCACUGUAGUGCGACGGUUCCUAAACCUCAAAAUUAUGUGGGAUCGUCCACAAAGAAGCCUGGAAGUGUGUUGGCCGGCAAAAUUACCCUAGUCCGGCCGACGAGCUUGUUUAUGUCGAAUCCGGUCGGCAGCGGCCGGCCGGUGAGGGUAACUGCUUUGGGGGUUUUUAACCAACCCCGGAUCCCUCGGAGAGGGGCUGAUUAUCACGAUUCUCAGCGUAUCCCCCGGAGUUGGGAUCUUUUUCAAAAAUUAUUUCUCGAUAAGGAUGGCUUCAAAGACCCACCCCCGGUAGGACUCCCCAAACCGUUGAAUCAACGCGGUUCUCCAGCCUAUUUAAAUUGUGACCCUGUUCCAGCUCCCAUUAUUCGCAUUACUGAUUGUGGGGGAUCUCUGGAGGUUCACUUAAGCUUGGCGACUCAGCUCCCUAAGCACCUACCUGGUACGUGGGUCUCCUCUUCCCUCAAAGCCUCGUUCGAGAUUAAUAGGGAAUUCUUCCCGCUUUAUCACUUUGCACCCCCGAUUCCCACCUCCCUGUCUUCCCCUGUUUGCUCCCUUUCUGAUAGUUUGUUGGCCCUGCAGCUCUCCACCAUGGUUCAUGCUGCUAGUGAUCAAGUUGUGGCCUUCUCGCUUGAGGAGGUUCAGUCCGACCGAACCCGUUGUGCCAAAACGCUCCUGGGCCGCCUGUUCACUGAUCACAACACAACCCUCACGGAGCUGCGGGACUCGAUCAACACUCCAUGGCAAGCUCGGGGUCGUGUUAUUGUUCGUUUGGCUGCUCACGGACUAUUUGAGUUCGUGUUCCCAAACCAAACGGCUCGGAAUUGGGUUCUCCAAAGGACCCCGUGGGUGGUGGAUGAUAAAGUGCUUCAUCUAUGUGCUUGGACCCCGUCCAUCACGAGGCGGACUUUCGACGAGCUAGCUUUUGUCCCGUUCCGAGUUCAGCUGUGGGACGUUCAGGACGAUUGCUGCACGCAGCAGUUCGGGCGUAAAGUUGCGGCCGCCACGCUAGGGAGGGUCCUGGAAACUGGAGUCUUUUUGUGCACGGAUUCGAGGAGAAAGUUUGUUAAGGUGAAGGCUGUUUUGGAUUUCUCCAAACCUCUUCGUUCCCAGGUGCUGGCCUCAAAUGAGGAGAUCGGGGAGUUCUGGAUUCGCUUUAAAUACGAAUUCCUCCCAACUUUGUGCUAUCAUUGUGGCCGCCUUGGGCAUUCUCGACCGGAUUGCUCUUUUGAUCCGCCUUCGAGGACAGAGCGCUUUGGUAACCACAUGACAACAAAGAAAAUGGGGAAAAAGCUGCGUGAAGAUGGGGAAGAUGAUCAGUUUUUCCCCCAUCAGCCAGCAUCGGUUUGGAAACAAGGUUGUGAGGGAUAA